AUGUCGCCCCCGGAAAUCAUCAAGUCACAGAAAUACGCCUCGGUCGACCUCAUCCCGUUUGAUCCCAACAGCGAGACGCAGUGCACGCGGUUGUUCCAGCAGCGCGUGGCAUGUUCGUGGGACCAGGACUUGAUUGAGGAGUGGAAGGGCAAAGUGCUCGAGGGGAAAAAAUAUCUGUACUGGAUUACAAUCAACGACAGCUUGCCCACAAAAGAUGAACAUCUAGCCAAGCACGUUGAGAGAUAUCCCAAUGAAAAAGAAGCCAUCGUAGACACGGCAGAAAUCCUGGGAAAGUCAACCAGAACACCAACGCUGGCCUCCUUCAUCCCCAUCGGCCACAUUGCCCUCGACUUGUACCCAGACCGCAACGAGCAGUUUUCUCUGCCGCAGUCGACGGUCUGGAUCAAGUCUCUUUACAUCUCAUGGGCCAUCCAAGCCGGUGGCUUCGGCCGCUCCGCAAUGCACCAAAUCGAGCACCUCGCCACCCUCCCGCCCCUCAACGCAACCACAAUGGCCCUCGACACCGUAAGAAAGGAGUUCCAGACCAGCCCCGAGAGCAUCGCCAUCCUCAACAAGAUCCGCGGCUCCGACGUCGACGCAGCCAGCUUCCGCUCCAACGAGGAGUGGUACACGCGCCAGGGGUACAGCGUCAUCGCCCGCGUCGACGGCAUGUACACGUGGGUGGACGAGGAGACAGGCGCGGAGAUCCCCAUCCCGUCGGUGUUUUUGAAGAAGGAUCUCGUUUAA